CGGGGGCGCGGACGGGGCCGGGGCCGCGGACAUGGCCGACUGGGGCCGAGGUGGUUCAUCAAGCGCAGUGGAUGACCUGCUCGAUGUCGAGAACAAGCGGAUUGCCGACGGUUUGGCCACCAAGGUCACCAGGUUGAAAUCGCUGGCCCUGGACAUCGACAAGGAUGCCGAGGACCAGAACCGUUACCUGGAUGGCAUGGCUGUCCAGUCAGAGGGAUCCGGGGAUGACCAGAAACUGGAAAUGACCUCGACCGGCCGAUUCCCCCAGAAGACCAGCCUGGACCCUCCCUCCCAUUUCUCCCCCUUGGGUAUCGGCAGCUGGCGCCGGGCCCCCCCGCAACAACUGGGAUAGCCGGGGUGGGGAGGGCAAUAAGGCAGACCUCAAAAAGGUCAGAGAGGAGCAAAGACAGUGAUUCUGUGCUCCAUCUCCACAGUCAGGGACCAGCCUUCUCCAAAUUACCCACCUACGACAACCCCCGCCCCCCCACCCGCCUCGCGUUCCACUUUGUCCCGCUUUUGACUAUUUCCGGCCCCCACCCCUUCAGCGUCUCUUUUCCUAUCCCCUUUGUCUCCUUGGGAGGGGAAGUCAGGUCUAAUUUAAAACAUUUUUUUGUAAUUGCUACCAAAAAUGCCUCUAUUGUAUUCUCCCCCACCCAGGGUGCCAUCCUUUUAAAAGCGUGCGGACAAAGUCGCUUUGUAAUUAUCGGCUUUAUUUAUUUUCCCCUACACCUCACAAUUGUUCCUUGGUUCCGGUUUCCUUAAUAAAAAGAAAAAAAUCCUCAACGAAAAA